AAACAGUAGUAUUCAUCACAUUAUAAUACUACUAGUACUUAAAUAUACUAAAGUAAGAUAUAAUAAAAUGAAAAUGGGUAGAGCCAUUGCCCUCCUCUUUGUGGUUGUGAUAUCUCCAGCGGCAGCGCAGCGGCCGACACCGGACCAGCCGGUGUCGCACUUCGUUGGCGACACCGAUGGUUGGACAACCGGUGUCAACUACGUCAAGUGGUCAAAGGACCAACUUUUUUAUGUUGGUGACUCCCUUGUGUUCAAAUACUGGGGUAUUACCCAUGCUGUGGACGAAGUAAGGGCAAAUGAGUACAAAAACUGCAACACUGACAACAUCAUCAGCUCCGACCAAACCAGCCCCACCAACUUCUCCCUCGUCAUCCCCGGCAUCCGCUACUUCAUCUGCCCCAAGUCCGACCACUGCAGCCAGGGGAUGAAACUAGCCAUCAACGUCGUCGAUGCCAACACCACCAAAGGCAGUGCCGCCGCUAGAGUUGGCGGCGCGAAGAGCUUCAUGGUUGGUUUGUUGAUUCUUGUUGGAGCCAUUGUUGGAGUCAUGAGCUAAGGCAAGGCAAGAGGCAGUGCACUUUGUUGUUUCCUUGUUGAGUUUAUGUUUUAGUAGUACUAUAACUUUGCUUGCAUGAAUGAUAUGUGCUGACAUUGUGUGACAAUCUUUGUUCCUUUUUUAUUUAUUUAUUUAAUAGGAGUAUUAUUUGCUUCUAAAAAGAGGCCAAGUUUUUACAA